AUGGCGAUCAAUUUCUCCGCCGCAUCAUUUGCAGCAUGCCUGGCUGGAUUCAAAGUCCCAAGGCAGAUCAUGUACUGCAUUGCUCAAGAUCCAAAUGCACCUUAUGUCUUUUAUAAAGACGGCAUGGAUCGAAGUCAACAAGUAUCAGCGCAAUGGGGAGCAAACGUUCCUCAGCAACAGCAUUCGAUGGGAGAAGUAAGAUACUCUCCACAUGUACAAAUACCAGCUCAUCAAUCCCAACAACAGUCAGCCCCUCCGCCACCCACCCAAUCAUCUUCUUCACAACAACAACAACAACAGUCUCGACAAUCUCAAUCUCAACAACCUCCAUCGCAGCAUCCCUCUCAAUCGUCCUCCUCUCAUCAAUCGCAACAAAACAACAACGGAGGAUCAUCGAACACGUCAAGUCCCCCGACCGUUCAAAAGGGUUCCGGAAACGAUGGGGAACCGACGAGCGGUGCGCGAAAUCACACGAAUAUAAUGACUUCUCCGGUACCUAGUCCUUUUGUGGGUGCUCAACAGCAGAAUGAAAAUCAAAUGAGUCGCGUGGAUGAUGACGUUUCCGUAUCGGUACCGCAGCAGCAAAAUAGUCCCAAAGACGGACAUGUUAACUGUGAUAAUCAAGUUCCUAACGUGGAACACAGAGUGUGCUUUCCAGGGCAAAAUCCUCACGUUCAACCCCCUCAGGAACAGAGCGCCAUAUUAAAGCGCAUUCAAACGGAUUUGAACGGAGGCAAUGCUGCUUACUAUCGUCCCGGACCAAUGUUAACUCCAGGUAGCUUUAUGCAUUAUCUAAAGCAACCUGGUUCUGGGGUCAUGAUUAUGGGCGAAGCCUUGGGCGAAGCAGGAUAUAAUGGUGUCUUAAACGAUAUGAGAGUGAGUUCGGAAGGGGGACAAAAUCAGGGGAAGCACAAAUCAAGCACUGAUCUCAGACUAUUUAAGUGUUUAUCAUGUGGUAAAGACUUUAAGCAAAAAUCAACGUUGCUCCAGCACGAGCGAAUACACACGGAUUCGAGGCCCUACGGUUGUCCGGACUGUGGGAAACGUUUCAGGCAGCAGAGUCAUCUCACGCAGCACAUUCGGAUUCACGCGAACGAAAAACCGUUUGCGUGCAUAUAUUGCGACCGAACGUUCAGGCAGCGAGCCAUAUUGAACCAGCAUCUCCGAAUCCACAGCGGUGAGAAGCCAUUCAUCUGUGCGGAGUGCGGGAAAACUUUCCGCCAGAAAGCAAUUCUCAAUCAACACAUCCGCACACAUCAAGGCGAGCAUGUGAGCCCUCAUCUUAUAUUCAAAAAUGGAAUGAAUCCAACUUUAUGGCCCCAAGAUGUUCCUUAUCCAGAAGAUGGAGACAAGGAAGGAGAUUUUGACGAAACAUCAUCGCAAAGAAACGGUCGAUUUUCUCCCGAGAGCCUUCACUAUCCAGCUUAUUAUAAAGACUCGAAAGGAGUGAUACACCCGGCUUUCGGUACCGGUGCGUUUGGAUUUUCAAAAAACGGUAAAAUUCCAGACCUCAUACAACAAGGAAGAAUGGCGGGAAUGCCGUUGUACGUUCGAUGUCCGAUUUGUCAAAAAGAAUUCAAACAAAAAUCCACGCUCCUUCAACACGGUUGCAUACACAUAGAGUCUCGGCCCUACCCGUGCGGAGAGUGUGGAAAACGUUUUCGGCAACAAUCGCAUCUCACGCAACACAUUCGGAUACACACAAACGAGAAACCAUAUCCGUGCGUGUAUUGCGGUCGGACUUUUAGACAGAGAACUAUAUUGAAUCAACAUUUACGAAUACACACGGGACAAAAACCUUAUAAAUGUGCUCAUUGCGGUAAAGACUUUCGGCAAAAAGCAAUACUCGAUCAACACACGCGAACUCACCAGGGUGAACGUCCUUUUUGUUGUCCCAUGUUGAAUUGCAGGAGGAGGUUUGGUAACGAGUCAGAAGUCAAAAAACACAUCGACAACCACAUGAACUCGUUAUCGAAACAGCGGAAAAGUUCAUCCGUAGAUGGAAAACACUCAUCUCUCAUGGGUCCACCUUCUAUUUUGGGUCGUCCACCGUCGUCGUUCAUAAAACCGGAACUGUAUUUUCCACAGUGUUACACUCCUGCAUUUAACGCUGUCGCACAAUUUGCUUCGGCUUCGCCCAACAGCGACUUCAAACCGCCUGCAAUACAAGCUCAGUGA